UUUGUUUUUCGUCCCUUAGCAUUAUCAACUACAGUCAAUAAGUUCCGCCAAACAAGAAUCCGAUUUUUUCCGAGAAAAUCUUGCCAAACGAGAAAAAAUGGAGUUGUGCCCUUUAAUCAAAAACAUCCUUCUUUUGGAUUCCGAAGGAAACCGUGUAGCUGUGAAGUAUUACUCGGAUGAUUGGCCGACGAAUUCUGCUAAGGAAGCUUUUGAGAAAACUGUGUUUACCAAAACCCAAAAGACUAGUGCACGUAACGAAGCUGAGAUAACGAUGUUUGACAACUAUGUGGUCGUCUACAAGUUUGUUCAAGACCUUCACUUUUUUGUUACGGGAGGCGAAAAUGAAAAUGAGAUAAUCUUGGCCUCAGUACUCCAGGGUUUUUUUGAUGCAGUUGGACUUAUCCUUAGAGGCACUGUGGACAAGAGGGAGGUGCUGGAGAACUUAGAUCUCAUUUUCUUGUGCCUUGAUGAGAUUGUUGAUGGCGGUAUCGUUCUUGAAACCGAUGCAAAUGUUAUAGCUGGGAAGGUUGCUAGUCAUAGUAUGGAUGAUGGAGCGUCAUUGUCGGAGCAGACAAUAACUCAAGCAUUGGCUACUGCACGCGAACGUCUUACACGAUCUCUCCUUGCAUAAAACGAGUACACCAAAAGGGGGGAGCCGGAAGAUAUAAUCUUUUAUAUUGAUGCUAUGCCUGAUGUGCUUAGGAUAUUCUUUUUGUGCCCUUUUGGGUGCAAUAGAAAUGUGGAUGAUUAGGAUGGACAUUGAUGUCGCUUUCUUGAUAAUAGUGAGUGAGAGUGUUGAGACUUGUUUCAUAUGCUAUUCGGAGCCAAUGUCGAUUACAGCGUAAACUGCUUGAAGGCGCUUGUCGACAUGUUUUUUUUUAAUUUAUCGGUUGCUCCCCACCCCAGCAUGGCAGAUACCUAAUAAGUUGGUUUAAAGUUAGAUGCGUGAUUUUGUUUUGGAGAC